AUGGAGGUGGCUCUGGUAGACCUUGAGAGCCUGGGUGAACUUGAUGGCAGCCUUGAGGAUGAGAUGGACACCGAUGCAGAUGAGACCACAGCCCUCACUGUGGACAUUCCCCCAGAGAACAACAGCCCAGUCAGCAACUACCAUCUGCGAGUCCCUCAACUUUAUUCUACGCCUUCCCACCACAGUCUCUCACUGACAUCCAGCAUUUGGGAUUCCACCUUAUCUUUGCCCAUAACACAGACACAGACAUUGGAAAUACCACAGUCUCCACCGAUGCCAACUCCAAGCAGACAUGGGCGCACUAGCUGUGCCAGUAUGAUCUCCAACUGGAAAUUACUGCUAAGAAGUGAAGGCACCAAGGAGAGUGAGACGAUCUUCAGCCGACUUGCUAAGGAGUGCUGCGAGGAUCUGUUUGUAGAUAAACGAGGGCUGGAUGAUGGAGACCAGAAAGUCAUUAUUAACAUUGCAGGUCUCCGUUUUGAGACACAGCUCAAAACAUUGGACCAAUUUCCUGACACAUUGCUAGGAAAUCCUUUCAAGAGGAUGAACUAUUUUGAUCCCAUGAGGAAUGAGUACUUCUUUGAUCGGAACCGACCCAGUUUUGAUGGGAUUUUGUAUUACUACCAGUCAGGGGGUAAGAUCAGACGUCCAGCUAAUGUUCCCCUAGAUGUGUUUGCAGAUGAAAUUGUGUUCUACGAGCUUGGAAACGAGGCCAUGGAGCAAUUCAGAGAGGACGAGGGAUUCAUAAAGGAUGUCGAGAUCCCUCUACCUGAUAAUGACAUAUAUAAGCAAUUCUGGUUGCUGUUUGAGUACCCAGAAAGCUCCAAUGCAGCCCGGGGUGUAGCAUUGGUGUCUGUUUUUGUUAUUGUCAUAUCCAUUAUUAUUUUCUGCAUGGAAACACUGCCAGAAUUCAGAGAUGACACUGACACAAUUGUGCCCACAGCAGCACUGCCUUUCAACCAAACCAGUGGCUACACUUCUGUGGCCCCACCAAGUGGAAAGCCCACAACUUUCUCUGAUCCCUUCUUCAUUAUUGAGACGGCCUGCAUUGCUUGGUUCUUCUUUGAGCUCUGUGUGCGAUUUGUAGUCUGUCCAAGCAAAAAGGAAUUUUUCAACAACCUCAUGAACAUCAUUGACAUAAUAUCCAUUAUCCCCUAUUUUGUUACUCUGGUAACAGAAUUGGUCACAACACCUCAAGAGAGUUCAGGGCAGAACAUGUCUUUGGCCAUUCUACGUAUCAUCCGUUUGGUCCGGGUCUUUCGUAUAUUCAAACUCUCACGUCAUUCCAAGGGACUACAGAUCCUAGGACAGACUCUGAAAGCUAGCAUGCGUGAGCUUGGCUUGCUCAUCUUCUUCCUCUUCAUCGGUGUCAUCCUUUUCUCCAGUGCUAUCUACUUUGCUGAAGUAGAUGAGCCUAACACACAAUUUGUCAGCAUACCUGAUGGCUUCUGGUGGGCUGUGGUCACCAUGACCACUGUAGGCUACGGAGACAUGUGUCCUAUUACCAUGGGGGGUAAAAUGGUGGGCACCUUGUGUGCCAUUGCUGGUGUGCUGACCAUUGCUUUGCCUGUUCCCGUCAUUGUCUCAAAUUUCAACUACUUUUACCACAGAGAGACGGAAGCAGAGGACAAGUUGCCUCUGGCAGAUGCUCUUGAGCAAGCCAUGAAGACUGACUCAGACACCAAAGAAAGUAGCACCACCUCGCUCAGUAAAGCCAAUGGCAUCUAG